AUGAAUAGUUCAUUAUUUAGCCUACCUUUCGGUAGAAAUUAUUCGAAAGGAAAUGAUGCAGUUGUGGGCCCAGGAAAUAAUGAAAGAAGUUGUGGUGAAGAAGAUGAAGUGGCAGCAUUGCCAAAUUUCAAUGAAUUUCUAAGAGAUACUUUCGUCUCGAAACCUUUCGAAAGUAGAGACGAAACAUGUAAUUCAACAAGGAAAAGUACAUUUACAUGGGGAAAUAGUUUCGAAUAUUGGGAGAAGAAACAAAUGUCACAACCAUACUUUACGAGUAGUGUCUCUACAUCUCCAAAGGGACAUGACAAGAUACCUUUUCACUCUGCAAUUCGAGACGAAAUGGGACGAACCAUGGAUGGCCUUAUCGAAAAACUAUACGAAAGAAUUCAAAAACUUGAAAGUGAUGUCAAGAAACAAGACAGCACAAUUUCCAUUCUCGAGAAUGAAAACCAGAAAAUGAAAGAAAAGAAGAGAAAGCAUGAUGAAAUUCUAAAGAAACGAGACGAAACUCUAGAUUUCACCGAAACCAAACGAAAGGAUAGAAAGCUCUUCCUCGUGAUUGAUGAAUUUGAGAAGAGUCAACAAAAAGCCAACAAUCAAGUCAAAAACCUUGAAAAUUACACAGUUGACUGGAAUGGAGAACAAUUCGUCUUGAUCGAUGCGUUCAGUAACAAAUCAGAUAUUGUAAACUAUUAUUAUCCACUCUACCAAUCGAAUAAUCCAGAUAAGGUUUCGAAAAUGGUAUUAGAAAGAGAGGAAUAUAAGAAACUGUUUAGUACGAAUCCACAUGUUAAAGAAAGUGAGAGAAAGAGAGCUUGGAGAAUAACCAUAUUUUCUAUUGAAUUUUAUGAGUUUGUGAAACGUCAAAAUAAAUGA